CAGACCUGAUAUUCUGGUUUCAAGAUGAAAGAUAUGGGUUAAAACGUUUUCACUUUCCACUUCAUUUCUGAUCACGACAAACUAAAGUGCAAUCUUGUAUUCCUCAUAAUUUUGAAGUCUUUCUUUGGAUAACAAAAAAGAAGCCAAGAAUGAUGGAGAAAGAUUUAAGAGUAGUUGUUUUAGGAUGGCAGAAAUCGGACAAAGCGUCAGUGAUAAACAGUAUUGUAGGAGAUCGAGUCGAGCCUGGCAGAUUCUUCGUGAAGUCUGUGAGGAGAGACGGUGAAGUGAAUGGAAGAAAGAUCACUCUGAUUAACACUCCCUGCUGGUGGAAGACAUUUGGCUUGCAAGACUCACCAGAAGUUGUCAAACAGGAACUUGUGUGCAGUGUCUUCAAGUGUCCUCCAGGACCUCAUGUUUUUCUGCUGGUUAUUGAUCUCAGUUUGCCUUUUACUCAAGAACACAGAAUCAGCAUUGAGGAACAUCUGAAUCUCUUUGGAGAGAGAAUCUGGUCACACAUCAUAGUGCUCUUUACAAAAACUGUUUCACUGAAUGAUGAAUCCAUUGAGCAGCACUUACAGAGUCAAGGAGAAGAUCUGCAACAGAUCAUACAGAGAUGUGGAGGAAGAUAUCAAGUUUUUGAUAUUGAAAAUAAAGGAAAUGGAGUUGAAGAACUGCUUGUGAAGAUUGAUGGUGUUGUGACUGUAAAUGAUGGUAAACACUUUGAAUCUGGUGAUGAAAAACUUGAGGUGCAGAAAAAGAGAGAAGACAUCCAAGAGAGAGCAAAAUCCAGACAAACGAUGGUGCAGGAAAAAACAGAACUGCUGAAAGAAAUAAGAGCUGUAUCUCUGCUCGCAGAACUGAGAAUUGUCCUGUUGGGGUGGAUCGUUUCUGGCAAGAGCUCAACAGGAAACACUAUCUUCAAUGAAAAAAUAUUCAAGAAAGGAAAAACAAAACAGUGCACAAGUCAUUCUGGCGAUGUGGAUGGCAGAAAUAUAACAGUGUUGGACACACCAGGCUGUUGGAAGUAUUUCUCAACUAAAUUCAAUCCAGAGUUUGUACGGACUGCAAUCCUGGAGUGUGAAGGUCUAGCAGAACGUGUGAAAUAUCCCAAUGCCAUGAUCUUGACGAUUCCUGCAGACACGUCAUUUAAGAAUGAGCAAAAACGGGUCAUUGAAGAGUACAUGGCCAUUUUCAGAGAGGAUGUCUGGAGACACACCAUAGUUUUGUUCACAUGGGGCGACAGAUACCCAGACAUCUCAAUCGAGGAGCACAUUGAGAGUGAAGGAGAUGCCCUCCAGUGGCUGAUUGAGAAAUGUGGGAACAGAUAUCACGUCUUUGACAACACAGACAUGAAGAAUCGAGCUCAAGUCACAGAGCUGCUCCAGAAGAUUGAUCAGAUGGUGGCAGAAAACUGUUUGUUCCAUCUCAACACUACAGAGACAAAACAUGUAGAGUCAAAUUUUCAGAGAACUGAUCCUCAGGAAAAUGUGAUGAUGGAGGAGAUCAGACUGAAUGAUAUCUGCUACUUUCUGGAUGAGAACUUCAAAAGAAAAGCUAGAGAGAUAAAAAAGAAGAUAGGAAAUUUAUGGAUGGAUAUCAUGGAAGAACACCAUGACAGUGCAAGUUUACAACAUCUUACUGAGUUUAAGGAUCAAUCUCCUGAUACCACCGAACCGCAGAAAGUGGUGCUGACACCUCAACAGGACUGUAUCCCCGAGCAGGUAAAGGCACUUCUGGAGAGAGAAUUCAGCAGAUGGGAAAAUAUAAUGAUAGAAGAAGUUCAGAAGCGUUUGCUGGAAAUUAAAUCAUUUGAGCUCUCUAAGGUUGAAAAGAGGCAGAUGUCAAUUGAUGCACUUGCGAGGUGGCUACAGACCUGUAACCAUUAUUCUUUACAUACUGUUGAUAAAAUGCAUAGUACAUAAUCACCAACCAGCUCAGAGAGACUGAACACAAGAUCAUGACUUCAGAGAAAUUACGUAAAACCUCAAGUCUGAAAAAAGUGCUUCCAUCUAUGCUGUUGCAACUAGAAAAAUGUCUAUAAUUGUAAAAGAUCUCCAGUACCACUGCUCCAUAUAACCAGACUACGCAGUCUGCGUAGGGCACCAACUGCCUAGGGGGGCACCAUCUUACCCUAGGAGGGCAGCAGAAAGUCCACCGGCUGCCCUUUCUCACGCAUUAUAUGUUAUUCAAGGACCCGAAAGCAGUUGCUGAACACAGAUAAUUGCUUCACGCUCAUAUCAUUACCCCACAAACAUUUUAUUUUUUUAUUGUAAUUGUUGUAAAUAUGUUUUUAUAUGUGUCUUAUAAUGGUUGCAGCCUUUCUUAGUCAGGUCUCUCUUGUAAAAGAUUUUCAAAUCCCAAUGACACCAAAUUGUUAAAAUA